AUGAGCACCUUUUUAUUUGAUAAUGGAGAUAGCAAAGUAUACGAUGAACAAGGAAGAGAAACUCAUGUUUACGGAAUGGCGGUUGACAAUAACCAAUAUUCUUUGGAACAAUUUACUACUUAUGAUCAGUAUAUGGAUUUAAAACCGCCAGAAAAACCAGUGAAAAUUAUGGAACAGGAGGCUGAAAUACCUGUUUCUGAGGAUAACAGCCGUAUUGAUCUAGCAGGUGAGACUGUCACUGGUCAUUACUUCGAUUUUGUGGCUGCCACUUUGGAUGUGCUAGAUAAACAUGAACAGUUCAAAAGACAUUACAUCAUUAUGGAUAAUGCUCCUAUUCACACACAUUUGGAUAUCAAGAAAUAUAUCGAAGGGAGAAGUUAUGGCUGUGUUUAUCUUCCUCCGUAUUUCCUUGAGCUAAAUCCGAUCGAACAACUCUGGUCAGUACGCAAGAAUUCUCUGUUUCAAAAUUCCGAGACUGUUUGGAAGGAAAGCCUUUGUAGUAUUAUUGAACGAAAAUAG